CUGACUCUCAAACUUAAGAACCAAUCACUCGGAAACUCUACAAUUUGGGAACUCUUGAACACAGGAUCGCUGACAAGAACCGAGCGGACCCAAGAAUCGGGCAGGCGGGUCAUGGAGGGCUCAGGCGAGAGGCUGGUCCUCAACGUGGGAGGUGUGCGCUAUGAGACGUACCACAGCACCCUUCGGGCCUUCCCUGGCACCCGGCUCUAUCAGCUGACCGAGCCGCCCAUGGGUGGCCCCCUGGCCCGAGAGGUCUUCUUCGACCGCAGCCCCCACCUCUUUGGCUACGUACUGGGCUACUACCGAACGCGCCAGCUGCACUGCCCCCCAGACAUAUGCCGGGCAGUGCUGGAGGAAGAGCUAGCCUUCUGGGGGCUAGCCGAUGCCCCCCUGGCCCCCUGCUGCUGGCUGAAGCUCAGUGGUGGUGAUGGACGGGCAGAGGACUUCCAUGCCUGGGAGGAGAGUGAGCUGAGUGAGGAACAAGGCCUGCUGGGACCCAUCGAGAGCCCCAACUCCACCAGGGCCCAGGGGACCUGGAAACCGUGGCUGUGGACUCUGCUUAACCAGCCCUGCUCCUCCCUAGCGGGCAAGUGUGCUGCCCUGCUGUCUAUGCUCUUCCUCCUGGGUGUCCUGGUCAUCUUCUUCCAAGAAACCUCGGUGCAGCUGGAGUACUUUACGUCCAACUUCCGGCCCCUGGAGCCCUGGGAUGGUGAGAAAGACGGCCUGCCCCCGCCUCAGGCCCCUACCCCGGGCCUGGUGUACCAGCGGGCCCCCCACCUCCUCUACCUAGAACUGCUGUGCGUGCUGUGGUUCGGAGCCGAGCUGCUGGCUCGAAGCAUCUCCUGUCCCAACAAGGUCAAAUUCCUGCGCAGCCCGAUGACCCUGGUCGACCUGGCAUCCCUCUUUCCCGUGCUGGUCGAGCUGGCCGUGGGCCGGCGAGCCGAGCGCCACCCCCGCCUCUGCCUGGUGCUGGGAGCCCUGCGGGUGCUCUACAUACUUAAGCUGGGCCGCCUCCUGGGGCUGGUGGAGAAGCCGCUAGCCCUGCGGGUGCUGGCUCACACGCUGCGCUCGUCCUGGCGCGAGGCGGGCCUCCUGCUCCUGCUCUGGGCUGGAGAGAUCUUACUGUUUGGCUCUCUCUUCCUCUACGGGGAGCUGCUGGGCACCGGCCAUGGCCAGGGCCAGAGUGAGGUGCACUUUGCUGACAUCCUCACCUGCUUCUGGUGGACGGUGAUCACCCUCACCACCGUGGGCUACGGGGACAUCUACCCCAUGUCCGCCUUGGGCCAGGUCACGGCCGCCAUCACAGCGAUGGCGGGCAUGCUGACCAGCGUCCUUCUGGUGCCCAUCCUCCUGGUCCGCUUUCAGAGAUGCUACGCUGUUGCCCUGGCCCGUCAGAAGCUGAGGCCCAGCGGGACCCUGUGAUGGGACAGACCCCAGGCUCCUCGGGGAGGUGGGAUGGGACCCCAGGUGCCUGCCCUGACGAUUUCA